UUCGCUCAUUUCAAAAAAUUAUAUUUGUCGCAACUAAAAAUGAAUUGUUUACAAUAAUCACCAAAACCGUUAAAAUGUAAUGCUUCUUCAUACAAAAUACAAGUGUGUGAAGAAAUAUUACAUGUAAUGAGUGCCCCAAGUCAACUCCCUACAUAAAACGCCGUUAUUUUCUUAUUAUAAGUGAUAUAUGUAUGCAUAAAUAUCUAAAAUUUUGUCAACUUAUGAAACUAAAAUCAUAGUUUAUCACUAUGCCGCAAAUAGGUCAAAUUGGACUGGCCAAACCGCAGAAAUUCGAUGUUAAAAAUGAGAGUGGGCACUGAUUGUCCAAGUCACAGUUCUAAGGUUAAAUAUAGCGGCUGCGUUUCCAAGAAUAUGAGUCGUGCGUAAAAAAAAAUACAUUUUAAAUAGACGAAUAGGCUGCAAUUCGCGAUAGGAGAAUAAUCUUAGCUUAGUGCCACAAGUAUAUAUAUUUCUACUAAGAUCCACAAAGUGAGCAGUAAAAUUUGAGCUGUUCAACUAAUAACAGCUCAUUUUGGGAUUAAUAAAUAUUUUAUAUAAGUGAUUAAUAUUUUAAAAAUGAAAGCCGCCGGACACUUCUUCACACUUGCAUUCGUCGUCUGCUGCUGUCUAUCUUUUGGCUUGGUCAGCGGCUUGAAAUGCUUUUCCUGCACAAGCAAUUUUGAUUGCCUUAAACCGAUAAAGCUGCACUGCACCGACCAGUUGGCCAAUGAGACUUUGAGUCAUCUGAAGAAAUAUUAUUUGAAUGUACCGAGUGCUAACAUUACGAGGGAUAUGAAUUGCUUUAGCGAUUGGCUGACGACAGCAACUGCACACGUUGAGCACAAGGGUUGCAUAUACAGCAGUGUUUAUAACCGCACUUACACAUUGCGCCCAGAAUUCCAAUCACCCUGGAUGCGAAAUCCUCGGUAUCGCUCUUAUCGUCUAUGCAAUCGGGAUGGCUGCAAUCCCGCUGCGCGUGCUGGCGUCAGUUUACUCACAAUCGUGUCCGCAAUAAUUGUGACUGUGCUGGCGUCAGCGGUGUGGUGUUAGUGAAAUUGCUUAAGGGGGGAGCAUGCAUUAGAAGCUUCAAUUUUUUUUGCUUAAAUCUCUUUAAAAUUUUUCUAAGAAUAUGUCCCCUAAGUUACAGAUGGGAUUUCGAAAUAUUAUUUCUAAGUGUAGAUAUCUAGAAUGUAACAUAAAUGUCAUUAUUUCAAAAAAGUAUUAUUACUAAAUAUAACAUUGUGACUUUGCC